AUUUCCAAGCUUCAUCCAGACCGUGAACGACAUGGAAACGUUGAUUAUCCUGGCGAUUACCCUCUUCGUCAUUUGGUACAUGUAUGCCUCUCGGUACAGGAACUACUGGAAAAGCCAAGGUGUUCCAUAUGAAAAGCUUUCUCUUUUCUUUGGCUUAACGCUACAGCGAUUCAUUAAGCCGUUUCACUUGGUAGACCAGGAAUUGUACCGAAAGCACGGCCGUCUAUUCGGGGUUUUUGAGGAUGGCAGGCCAGGUCUUUACGUUUCUGACCCGGAUCUUCUUAAAUUGGUAUUGGUUGCGGACUAUGAGGACUCCGAAAGAAAGACUGGCGUUUCCUGCGACGAUUCACUGUUCGACAACAUGGUAGCCAUUGCUCCCUCCGAAAAAUGGAGAAGGAUUCGGGCUGCCAUAACACCCCUCUUCACAGCGAGCAAACUGCGAAAGAUGCAUAACCUUGUUCAAGAAUUGGUGGUUGUUCCCACUGAAGCUUUGAUAAAAGCUGCACGGGAGGGAGCAGAUGUUGAUCCAACACGGUUGUACUUUCCCACUGCUUCAAACGUAUUAUCAAAGUGUACUUUCGGGAAAGAAACUGAUUGUGGCAAUGAUGCCAGCAUUGAUAUCAUACACGCAUUAUACGUCCCGAUUUCCUUCUCGCUGAUAGUUUCUGUACGGACGUUUAUGGAGAAAGUGCGCUCCAAAUUUAUAAGAAACAAAGCGUUUUACUUUUACAAGGAACUGUGUCUAAAUAUUGUAAAGAAGAAGCAUCUGGAUACGCACAAAGCAUCGGACGUUUUGAAGCCUCCUUUCGACAUCAAGGACAGCCCUGCAUCUCGCAAAGAAAAACCAAUAACACCCUUUCUGGCUGCCCUCACAAAAACGUUGUCCGAAGAAGAAGCGCUGGCGCAGUGCAUUUUAUUUCACGUGGCUGGGGUGGAAGCCAUUUCCGGUAUAGCAGCGCUAGUCUCGUAUUAUUUGGCCGUGCAUCCGGACGUGCAAGCAAAACUUCGGGAUGAAGCAGACGACUGCUUCGCCAAACACGGACGUUUUCCAAGCUAUGACGUUGUUUCGAAGCUGGAAUAUCUCGACGCGGUUGUGUUGGAAACACUCAGGAUUUGUCCGCCGUUCACGAGGUUGGAGCGCACAUUCAACAAGGAUUAUGUGAUUGGAAAUACUGAUAUCAAGGUCCCCAAAGAUUGCGUAAUCACUGUUCCAAUUUACGCGAUGCAUCACGAUCCUGAUUUUUAUCCUAACCCAGAGUCUUUCAUGCCUGAAAGGUUCCUGGAGGGCAACGCCAGCGAGAUUAACCCUUACACGUAUUUUCCCUUCGGUUAUGGUCCGAGGAAUUGCGUCGCCCAGACGUUUGGACUCCAAGUUAUAAAAACAAUUCUGCUUCAUGCGGUUCACGUGGUACAGUUCGUGAAGACGCAAAGAACUAAGGUACCCCUUGAUAUGCGCACCGGAUAUGGAAUGCUGAUCCCAACGGAUUUAAUCGUUGGAAUUCGGACGAGAAACUGAAGAGCCCGCAGCGACCAGUUCGUGUGCUUAUUUUGCCUGCGGUUACAUCGAGGUUGAGAAGAGGAAAUAUUUCUAAGCUCUAGAUUCUAAUGACGGGCAUCCGUGUGCCGUUAAGAUAUGGGAAAUGUGGUGGCGUAUACUAGGACUUCAAGCGGGGAGUGCUUAUAAAAAAAAAAAAAAUGCCCGCACAACUGUUCGCAGGGUCCUUAACAAAAAGUAAAAAAAAAAAGUAGAUGAGUUUUUUUAAGAACAUUGUCAAUAUGCACCAGGGAUGGUUAGCGUUUCGUUUUAUAACACUUGUCAAUAAACUGUCGGUGUAAAGUA